GAUCAACGUGUUUACCGUCGAGACAGCGAAAUUUAUGGACUUGAACCCUGACACUGUUGGACAGACAGGCUGUCGCAAGAAUGAUGUCAGCAUGGGAACUGGAGAGACCAUUGUGGAAUUGACGAAUUGCGACCUGGUUCUCUCGGGUGCAGGCAUCACCUUCUACUCUGCCUUUGUUUACGUGGAAGAUGAUUCUGGAGGUAUUGGUGACCUCUCACCACCUGUUGCUGUGCUGGACAUCAGCAACACCUUUCUCUGGCCGUUCCCACGUAUUGCUGCGUUCGACACCAAUGGAUCUCUCUCUGUGGAGGUUUUCCCAAGAAAUUCCGGGCGCAUUUGGGCCAGAAUAGUCUUGGCGUCACUUUAUCCAACGGUGGAACGCUGGGCUGGAGAUUUGAACCUGAAUGUCUUAAAGACGUGGCAGACAUAUCCAAACAAUGGACCGUCCUAUGACAGUGCCAACUGCAGCUUUGACGCUGUAGAUUUCACGGUGGAGCUCAAUCCAUUCGGCAGCAACAUGGCUGAACUUCAGCAAUUGAUCGGCAUCUACGUGGAGGACUCUGGCGAUAACAAUGAUGGAGCGCUCGCCAGCAUCCGUGUGCUGAAACUUGCAGAUGCCAGCAACUACUUCCUCAUCUCGCCUAGACUGCUGGGCACUGCUUAUGCAGACAACUUCACCAUGGAAUAUCGGACUGCCACUGCAGGCUUUGCUUGGUGCGCCAUCGUCCUGCCAGAGAUGGUGGAAAGCGUUCCUGGCGCUUCAGUGAUGAGUGGAAAUGUCAGCCUAGGUGGGCCAAACUGCUGUCAAAGUUCAACUCCGAUCACAACUUUGGCCAAUGUUUUGCAGCAGUGGACCUUGACCAACUGUGCGCUGUCCAUGGAUACCGAGUAUGUCUUUCUAAUGUAUAGCAGUUCUGGAGGUUUGGACGGCACUCUAAGUUCUGGCUACACCUUCAAGACUUUUGGGACUUUGGGUCAUAUUCGAGUAACCUGGCUACAGAAGGAAACCGACGUCGGUGGAUCUGUUGAUCGCUAUCGUAUCUUCUUGAACGGCACGCAGGUUUACGACGAUUUCUCUCUCCGUGGUUCUUUGGAACAAACACGUGCCGGAUCUCCACCGCAAUGGGUUCGAGUAGUGGACGUGGCCUGCACUCCAGGCGUCGUGGGCCAAAGCUUGAGCGCAGCAGAGAGGGGUGCAGCGCAGGCGGAGAAGUGGCUGUCUCAUUCGCCCAGCGUGGUUUUGUGGAACGACUGA